UCCGAUCGGCAACGUUGACAUGCUAUUGCUUCUCUACGGACUGCAGAAGAGUCGAGGAUCGUUGUGUAGAGCGUUGUGUCGAUUUGAUGGAAAGGCCCUGGCAACGUAGAGAGGUUCUGACGAUACUGCACAUCAAACUCGUAGACAGCUUUCCAUUGAAAUUUCCGAUUAGCUUUCUGUACUAUGAUUCGGUAACUCGAAAGUUCCUGAUAGAGUGAUGGGUCGGUCGUCACUAGUUUGCGUUCAUAGCUUGACCAGGCUUCAAGCCAAUGAUCGAAGGAUUCGAUCGUAGGGCUUUUGCGUUUGUUGGCGUCUUCCCCGGUUGAAUCGUGGGGUUUAGGUAGGAGGGUGGACAGGUCGACAUAGUUAUAGCUAGACGACGUUUCGUCGAAAUUACCUGAGCUCGCGCUAGCUUGUAAACCUGUAGGAAUUGUCGGGCCAUUGUUGCAGUUGCUCACGGAGAUCCUUCUGGUCGAGUUGUAGCUUCCCCACUUGUUGCGAUAGAAGCCUUAUUGCGUUGAGUAACUCUCCAUUGGUCUGUGUUGGGGAAGUCUCAUGAAUAUUAGCCUCGUGGUCGCUGUAUUCGUCGUAAUCGCUACUGGGUCCCUGGCAAGAUUUGUGCAUCUUACCAAAGCGAUGAUUUUCCUGUGUCGUGUGACACCCUGGACAGUAGCGCUGUCGCUGUUUCUUUUUCGAUGACAUAGUAAACGAUUAUUUACUAUAUUGACUAUUGACUAUGACAACGCGUAGACUACAGAACGACGAACACUGCAAUAUGAAACACUACACUUAAUGUACGUGAUCUAGUUACAUAGCUAUGUCCUUGUGACAGGUAACCGAAUCCCUACCGCUCCACUCCCAUUAACCUAUGUUAAUACUUAACAUCACUAAAUUCAAGUUCAAGUUCUUAAUAAAUAAAAAGUAUCCCUUACUUUCAACAGGAUGGAACUGUCUACAUUCAUUGGCAAAUAUUAUUUUGGCCUACUGUCUCCUUCAUCAGGGAGGCCCAACAUUGACCACUGUAGUGUGUUCUUUUAUACUUAACCUGGGUUAUUUGCAUGUAGCAUAUUAUUGUCGCUCUCUAGAUGAGUUCAUGCUGGACUGGUCUGUACCACAUUGUAUACUGUGUUUACGCUUGAUAGGUAUUGCAUGGGACUAUUAUGAUGGAAACAACUUUAAUAAUAACAAAAUAUCAGAAGACAUGAAAGCCACGAGAAUUUCUACACCACCAACACUGUUUGAGAUGACUGGAUUUUGCUACUUUUUCGGAGGCGUUCUAGUUGGACCACAG